UGGAGAUGACGCAAACCGACCCAGCUCUCCGAAAAAGUGUUUCAAGACGAACAACUUAACCGCGGUCCAAGAUGACAACGGCCAGCGGGAGAAAGGAUUCUAGGCUUUCCACCCAGGUACCGGACAGUGCGCGUGCACCGAAAGGGCUCGUUGAUCUCCUUUAAGCGAAUCCUCAAACCGAACGGCGGCGGACGCGCAGCAUCAGUACCGCGAGGCUCGCAACAGCUGGUCUCCCUGCGCCCCCCGACGACAGAACAAACCCGGGGAGAAGGGGGGGGCAUGCGGUCAAAGAGGACGCCGUUUCCCCCCGAAGAGCCAUGGAGAGCCAGGAUGCGGCAGCGCGAAGCUUAAUCUGUGCGGGCGCGCUAAUUGGAUCGGAAUAGCACCGAUUGCUGCGGGCGCGAUAAGAGGAGCGCCCUGGACCGGCGGAGGCACGGCACCCCACCGUUUACAGAGGAGAACACACCGGAGUCCGUCAAGUCAAUGAGUAUUGUGGCAGAGCAGCCCCCGCGGUGGAGUCGGCCAGGGCAGCACUUUCCUAAAAUAUGACCAGGGGUGCUUGGAUGCGUCGGCAGCAUGAUGAGCGCUUAAAAUACUGGUUUGCACCCCGAGAGAACGAGAAGCCAUUUACCGAGUCGGAGCGGGCCCAGAGAUGGCGACUGUCGCUGGCCUCUCUGCUGUUCAUCACCGUCCUGCUCUCUGAUCACUUGUGGUUCUGCGCCGAGGCGAAACUGACGCGAACCCGAGACAAGCGGUGGGACAAGGGGUUUGCUUUCACGGACACGGACGAGGACCCAAACUCCCUCCACCGACAGCAUAUCCCUCCAUCACCUGACCCCAGCCGUCUCGCCAGAAAGCAAGACGUUAUUUUUCUAGAGAAUUCUACCAAGCCUCUGUGGCGAAUGGACACCUGUCUUCCAGACAGCCUGUCCAAAGACUGCUUUUCUUUCUCGAACGCGAAGACCGUGUGCCUGGCCCUCUCCGGUGGAGGGGAGAAGGGGACACCGUUGGCGUACGUGAAUCUGAGCGAUUUGUACCUUUCUUUUUGUAAUUCCUACUCACUUUUGGAUUUGUUUUACGGGUUUACGAGUCCGGACAAUUUAAAUUGCACCCUGGAUAUGGCCAUGGGGGUGGAUCUGCUGGGAUGCACCCAGUGUAUUCGGGCUUAUCAGCUUAUUGACCAGCUGGCGGAGGACAACUACCGGGAGUUUGAACUGCUGGUUCAGAAAUACGAGAUCGACGCGUACUCGGUCAGGACGUGCAUGGAGGAAUGCAAGAUGGUUUAUAAGCCCUGGCUGUGUUCUCAGCACUUCCAGACCACCCAAAUGCACUGCAGCAAGCGAAUCCCCUGUGGUCAGUACUGCCUGGAGGUGCAGCAGCGGUGCCCCUUCGUCCUGCCCGACAAUGAUGAUCUCAUUUAUGGAGGCAGCCCCAGUUUUAUAUGUACAGGGCUGCUGGAGGACUAUCCAUCAGGAGUUGACCCAAAUGCAGAGUGCUGUGAUGUGCGGUGGGACGUGAAAGUGGACAACCGAUCCCGGGGGACCCUGAAAAGAACUCAUGCGCCGUGCCAGCACCGCACCUCCCUCAGCUCCUCGGCGGCCUGCAGACUGUGUAACAGCCGGCUCAAACUCUGCCUGCUGGUCCUCGUCCUCCUACACACUGUUGCCAGCCUCACUGCAUCCCACAAUGCAACAGGACUGGGCCUCCCCGCCAUCACACCUCUGGAGGAGAGUCCUGCCAACGAGGAGUGAGAGAGCUGCCAGGAGGUGGAGGAGGAGGAGGAGGAGGAGUAGUAGGAGGUGAGGUUGUUGGGUUGGGGGAUUCCCUCGCCAUGGCAACCGGUGUGGAAUAAUACAGCCACGGUUUUUAGCGAACGGCGGGAGCUGUGCGCCUGUGGAUAUUCUGCAACGCAUAAAUGGGAAAUGUGGGACGCUUUGAGACGAAAGACACACAAAUCAAUCAAAACAAAUAAAUAAGUAAACAAACAGACAUCCUAAGGGACUCCUCCCGUCCCUGAAAUAGAAAGGGGACAAUGCCACAGCCUUUGUUGAGGGGGGAGGUCGGCUUCCCCGUGGCGGGUUUUUCUCUCACUGCGCUUUUUUUACACUGUGUUCAAAAUUAAUGGUUUCUGUUGCACUGGCUGACUAUGGAAUAACACAAUCAUAUUUCUGAUGUCCAUCCUUUGUGUUUCUGGUUCUCUCACACAGGAAGAAAAUGUGUUCCCUAAAUAAGAGGACGUGUCGAAAAAUGAGCUGCAUGGUUGCGCGCGUACCUGUAUGUGUGUGUGUGUGAGUGCACGCGAUGGUUUGUCUUUCUGAAUGUACUGUAUGUGUGCGAGCUUGCGUGUGUGCGUGUUCGUGCAUGUGUGCGUGUGUGAGAGAGGAUGAGUGUCUGUUACCUUAAAAGUCGAGCUCACCGGCAGGUGCAGCGAUGAUGUUUCUAUGGAGCCCCUCCCCCCCCUCCCUCCCCUCCCUCCCCUCCCCGCCCCCAAAUGUCACUUUGCUCCGCCAUGUUGGCCACACACACACACACACUUCUAUUAAAACUACCCUGGGUUUUGAAUGUGGUUCUGAUAUCCAUAACAAGCUCUGUGGUCAACACACGUUUAUAGUUGUUCCAACACUUUGUUGUGUGAGAUAAUCUGUUUUCCAGGAUCAACACCUUUCUGUAAUGACUCUCAGUAAACAGCGUACACCUGCAGGCUAAACUGUGAAACACGGCGGGAACCAUCAGGCAGCAUUCCUCCCAUAUCACCACAUGGGUAUUUAAAUUGUAUUACAACUUAGGACCUCUUUUUAUAGUUUCAAGGCACCAGGCUGUCAAUCUGGGAAUGGAAAUGAAGACAUAGGUGGGAUAUGUUUAAAACUUAUAUAGCAGAUGAAAUAAAGGCUGGUGGGAUUAUUAUAAACAUGUUGGGUGCACACACACAAUGAUUUAGCGAGAUGGCAACAAAUUAUAGCUUGUUUAUAAUAUAUAUUUAAUAUGUGGCUUGAUUUUUUUGCCCUUGGAUUUCAAAGUUGACGUGUCGCCUGAUCUCAGCUUGUUGAGUCAAAUGUAUAAUUAAUAACACGGUUGGUUUAGCUAUAAGACUCAAGCUGGACUAAACCAGAAUAACCCUGUAAAUUGAAGAGAAACCCUAUGGCCGAGACAAAUGAACAAUAUAUUAUAAAAAAAUAAUUAGAUAUUACAAUAUCAUAUUUUAAAAACAAUAAUUAGAAUUGUAAAGGUUUGAAAUCCAAAUAAUUUGACUUAACAAACAAACCUGUAGAAUUUCUUUUCUUAACACACCGAGAGAAAAAAAUUAGGAGGGUCAGGAAAUCUUAAUUUCUUUUUUAAUAACACUAAAUGAGUAUACCUGUCUGAAUAAGCACUUGUUUAUACCUGUCAGCUAUCUAAGGUCUGCAGGCAGUAGCGUGAACAUUUUGCAAUAGAUCUUCUGAUCAGUGAUUUCAGAGUUAGCCACAUGUUAGCAACUUUGUUAAUCAAUGCAAGUUCAAGAAAGCCCAGAUCGGAUCAUUUUAUCUCAUAGAACUAAACUUGAAACUGUGUUAAGCUCGUCUUAACCAAAGAUGAUAUGUUCCAGAUGUUUUACCGAACCCCUCUUCAGAUUGUGGUCACAUUCUAGCAACGAUGCUGACAUCAGGAUUAUUGCACUCACAAUGUGUUGUUGUGGUUCCAGAUAAAUAAGCUUCUGUCAUUUUAGGUUUUUAAAGGUACUAUCCAGUCACAAAAAUAAUGCCGGCAAGGUUCCUUUGCCUCCUCCGCCUCAAGGACCUUGGUUAUGUUUCCCUCUCCAUGCUGUUCAAGUAUAAAUCAUGUUAUUCCAUCAUCACUUCUUGAGAGAAAUAAAAUCAAUUGACAGCUUGCCCUUGAAUCGAUACCGACGUCUUCAUCAGAGUCAUUGAAACCUCAGGCCUUUUUACUCACAGGAAACACGAUGGCUGGAUCUUACCUUUAAAGACUUUUAAGGACUUUAGGUGUGACCUGGAAAGUAAAGUUAGCGUGAAGAAGAAAGAAAAACCCUGUCCACCAACUACACCCUCCCCUCCCCCGAGCUCCAAAGAAUCUACAUAUCACCAACACAGACACAAUUAGUUUGAAUAUCAGUUUGUUUCUAUUGAAUUGAAACAUGGAGUCAAUGUUCAUGAACUGCAUGUGGAGGCUCUCUGCAAGGUGACGACCGCCUCUUUUGUUUAUUGUCCUCAGCACCACUCCGCACUCCACUUCUGAUCCCAAAUCAGCUCCUGUAGCAUGCCCCCUGUCCUUGUACCUUUCUCCUCAAAACAUCAAACUAAUGUCUCAUUAAGUAAAGGGCUUAUUAAGAUAAACAGUACAAACAUUACCUUCUACACAGUCAGACACACUCGACGACAUGAGCAUCCAAAUUGUUAGCUGACAAUUAAGGGGAACAACAUGGCUCAUUUCCUGUUUCUUUCUGAACUCACGUACCUGCAGUACUGAUGACUUCCACUGGGUGAUGCUAGAGAGCAGUAACAUGGACACCUCCAGAGAGAGGAGCGUGUCACUGUUUGAGGGAAUGGCAUAACCUGAGAAUCAUCCAAGUCAGCUGACACUCAUGUUUAUUCUGUAUACGUUGACCGGUGUGUGAACAGAAAGGAAUGGUGUGACCUUAAGGGCUGACUUCUUCUAUGGUUUCUACAUUGUCUUUUGUCUAUUCGACGAACCAGGCUGUGAGAUCAGGUAUUCGAAGACGAACAGAUGCUGUUGAAUGCAUUUUUUUUCCCAGGCUCAAGUAUGUUGAUAACUUAAAUGAGAUGUCCAAUAAGAUAUCUGAUGUCAAGAAUGUUAUUAUACAGCUUAUAUGAGGAUUUAAAAAUCCAUCUUUAUUCAAACCAUGUCUAUAUAACCAGUAUAUUGGCUUAUUUUGACACAUGUUCUGUUUGAUACCUGCCCCCCCCCCCCCAUUCAGUUUGACCAUUCCUGCUUGCAUGAAAUACAUAACUACUCAUUGAGCACAGUGCACCCAUGCCCAUCUGGGAUGACCACAGUCAUAUAGAACAAUGCUGCUAUUCCAUAGGCCACCAGUAGAUGGAGAUAUUUGUAUUCUUUUAUUUUGUGACUGCUGCUGACGACCUACCACACAAGGACUGUCAUAUACAGAGGAGUCAGGAAGGCUGAGCUCUAGAAGAGAACGUGAUGGGCAUGUGUGUGUGUGUGUGUGUGUGUGUGUGUGUGUGUGUGUGUGUGUGUGUGUGUGUGUGUGUAUGUGUGUGUGUGUGUAUGUGUGUGUGACCCAUAGGGACCUCCUGCUAUGUUAGUUGUCUCAUUAUUCACUGCACUGGGCUGUAGUAUGGAACCAUUGUACCGUGCAAUAUGUAACAACUGUGUCAUAACAGACAUGGGGUGGAUCUAUUGUUCCACCUGCACUCACCUUCUUGAAUAUUCCCUCCACAAUUGUCUAAAAUUAGAUGGUGCACAGAAUGUUGACAACGACCUGAAACUGGUUCCAACGCACACCUUGUUUUGAGUCAAAUAAGCCCAAUACAAAUUUGAUAUGACGCACUACUUUUAAUGAUGGCAACUGGAGGCAAACAGGGUGCGAGGAAUGUGCAAUGUCAGCAACAGAGAGAAUCCAUCUCCUCAAACAGCCUUCACCAUGAACACGCGUUGGCCUCGGUGGAUCCAACACACACAUGUGACUUCAUGUUAUCGUGUCACCAGUUCAUGCACGAUGAACCCCGUCUGCUCCACCUGCAGACCUCCAUCCUCACUGUGGUCGCAUGUGUGCACGUAUGUGUUGUCCACCAUGCCCCUGCAGACAUGUUGACACCCGAGGAUGCACCUUGCAUGCACACGGCAGCUCACUCUGCUGUGGUGGUUCUCGGUUUUUUUUAAAGUGUGUUUUGGUUUCUCACUUUUUUACUGCAACAUACUGAGAGGAAAUGCUGUGGGGUCCGAUAGAUCGAGUCUAAAUCCCGUCUACGGUGGUCUGUCACAUUCAAUAACACACCAAGCUACUAAAGCUAAUUUAAUAUGUUUCCCCUGCACAUAUAGACUAUGAAUGCCUCUUGCCCCUCCCCCCCCUCCCCCGGUGCACCCACCACCAAUGGUCUGUACACAGCUAUUGGUCUCCGCCCCCCCCCCCUCCUCCCAGCCUCUCUCUGUCCCCCCAAUAGUUCCGUUCUCCAUCCUGUGGAUCUAUGCAGAAGCCCAUUCCUCUUUUUGGUUGUAAAUACGUUAGUAUGCUGAACGGCGUGUGUCUUUGCAUCCAGGUUUUCCCCCUUGUGUAUUUUAAGUUGAUGUCAUGCGGUUACUUUCUUCUUCUUCUUCUAAUUAUUUUUCUUUUAUUUGGAGCGUCUGAAAUCAUUCAUGUUAAAAGAGAAUGUGGUGAGGUCGAAACCAAUAGACUCGUCCUCGGCUUCGCAGCCUCAUUGUGAAAGGUCGAGGCUCUGUGUGUGUGGGUGUGUGUGUGUAUGUGUGUGUGUAUGUGUAUGUGCGUGUGUGUGUGUGGAGGCGAAAGAUUUAUGAUUAUAGAAAUGAAAAAGGUUCAAAGUCAUAUAGAAGUAUCAUUGCGAUUAUGAUUAUUAUGAUUACUAUUAUACUACCAGUAUAUUGUAAUAUUAUAGAUGCUUUAGUUCAAGUAACUUCUUUAAUUUUUUUACAAACAACUUUGAUGAAAUGAUUUAUAAAAACACGAGUCAUGAUCUUUUCGAAAAGUAUGAAAACUAAUGCUACAAUGAUUAAAAUUGUGUUCUGAUGAAAAUAAAUACAGACAUAUAAUCUGUU